AUGGAGUUCUAUUGGGUAGCUGCUGAUAUUGAAAAAGCUAAGGUAGAAAAACAAAGAGCUAUAUUGUUACAUCUCUUGGAUGAUUAUGGACUAGAAAUAUAUAACACAUUAUCCUUUGCUGAAAAAGAUGAUGAGCUUACUUUAGAAGGAAUUGUAUGUGGCAUAACAAAUGAUAUUUUUCGAGAGAAGUUGCUUAGUAUGAGGGAUCUCGAUUUAUCUAAAUGUAUUGAUAUUUGCAGGGCAGAUGAAGGAUCACGAAAACAAGUUAGAGCUAUGUCUGGUACUUCAUCAAAUAGUGAUAAUUCAGGGAUUGACAGGUUGAAUAUAUUUAACAAAUACGAAGCUAAGGAUCCAAACUUCAAAAAAUAUUUAACAAAUGACAAAAAAUGUUAUCGUUGCAAUUCUUCCCAUGAUUUUGGCAACUGUCCAGCUUGGGGAAAAAUAUGCGGUAAAUGCAAAAACCGAAAUCAUUUUUCUUCAUGUUGCAAAGUAAAGAAAUUAUAUGAAGUUAAGGAAAAGAAUAAUGAAAAUCAAGAAGAGCAAAAAUCUCAAAUAGAUAAGGAUGAGCAAGAAUAUAAAGAGGUGUUAGUACUAGAUAUUAUAACUGAAAAAUAUUUUUUUAAUAUUGCCGAAAUUGAAGCAAAAUCUGUCAAGGACUGGACAGAGAAAGUAUGUAUAAAUGAAACCUUUUUUAUGGAAUUUGGACUAGAUUCUGGGAGUGAAGCUAAUAUAUUGCCUAUAAUAUUUAUAAUUAUAACAUUUAAUAAGUUGAAUAAUAAACCUGCAAUAAAGAAAAAUAAUAAAUCGUUAUUAGUAUACAAUAAAAAGAAACUGAAUGUUUUAGGGGUCUGCAGAUUAUCAGCCAGGUUUAACGAUGUUAAAAUGGAUUUUGAUUUUUAUAUUUUAGAAGAAAAUUAUGAGCCUAUACUAGGAUUGAAUAGUUGUAUGCAACUUAAUCUAAUGAAAAGAGUAUCGUGUAUCGUGCAUAGAAAAUAUGAAGGAAGACAAAAAUUCUGCUCUAAAAAUAAUUGA